AUGGAAAUGAAGAGGCUGGUUUUGUUUUCACUUGCAUCGCUUUUGGUUUUGGGGUUUGUGCAGAGCUUGGAUUUCACUGAUGCCGAYUUGAAAUCGGAUSAGACCAAGAUGGCGUUGUAUGACAGGUGGAGGGCCGAGUACAAGAGGCCGGAGCCAWMMCCKGAGGAUAAAAAGAAGCGSUUCAAAGCAUUYAMGGCCAACUUGGAACGUGUUGAAUCGACAAACAAGGCCAASUUGCCUUWCAAGUUGAAGUUGAACAAGUUUGCUGAUUUGACUAACGAGGAGUUUAGGAUCCAGUAUAGUGGCACCCACAGCAGACAUUCCCGGAGUUUGCUAGGACCAGGAGGGGGCUCCAACAACGCCGCAGAUACCCCUGCUCCUCCUGCGGUUGAUUGGAGAACCCAGAACGCAGUUAGCCCUGUCAAGGAUCAAGGCGAAUGUGCAUGUGACUGGGCAUUUGCGGUAGUGUCUACUGUCGAGUCGGCAAAUGCAAUCAAAACCAAACAGCUAGUACCACUAUCGGCACAAGAACUUGUAGACUGUGACCGUGAAAUGAACAAGGGAUGUGACGGAGGGGUGUUGGAUUAUGGAUUCACAUACGUGAAGAGGAAUGGAGGUUUAACUUCAGAGGAGAGCUACCCUUACACAAUGGCAGCUGGAACWUGCAAUCAGGCAAAGAUUGCUAAUAAAGUGGCAAAGAUMGAUUCAUAUAAGGAUGUCCCUAUGGAGAACGAGGCSGCUCUAAUGAAAGCAGUUGCAGCCCAGCCGGUAGCGGYUUGCRUUGAUACUCCUAUUGAUUUCCAGUUAUAUGGAGAGGGAAUCUUAACCGGAGACUGUGGAAAGGAACUGAGCCAUGGGCUAACGGUGGUCGGAUAUGAUGACACGCAGAAGUUCUGGAUACUGAAGAACUCCUGGGGACAAGAUUGGGGAGAGGGUGGAUACAUUCGAAUAGCAAAAGACGCUCCUUUCCCGUGGGGGAUGUGUGGCAUAGCAUUGGAGGCUUCUUACCCAAUCAUCAGGGAUGGAAAUCAACCACCCAAGGAAGAAUUCUAG